GGAUUUCAAGAGCCCCUGAUUAUUUCCUGUGACCUGCACACUGGCUGUGCUUAUUUGACUGAGGGGAACCAUCGCCUCUGGGUGGCACUGAGAGAAAAAAUCCCUUUUGUAGCCUGCCAUGUGAUUCCUCCUCAAUGGUUUCCACCCAAUGGAUCAUUUAAAAAUGUCAAUGCAGACCUUACAAUAUUACAGUGUAAAGAAGUCAUACUUCCAGAGCAUUUAGGACUAACAGUUCUCAACGCCAAGCAAGUUCAGUCAUAAAUCAAUAACUCCC